AUGUCAGUUGGUGUUUACGACAAAUAUAUUGGACUGUCUUUAGCGGUCGCUUCCAGUUUGUUAAUCGGCACGUCUUUCAUCAUAACGAAAAAAGGGUUAAUUGAUGCAACCAGCAGACACGGUUUUGCUGGUGAUGAUCACGGUUACCUGAGAAAUCCAAUUUGGUGGGCAGGGAUGAUAACAAUGGUUUUUGGUGAAUUAUUAAAUUUUGCUGCAUACUCUUUUGCCCCAGCUAUUCUUGUAACUCCCCUUGGGGCUUUAAGUGUCUUAAUUGGAGCCGUUCUGGCAGCUUUAUUCCUCAAGGAAAGUCUCGGACAGCUGGGGACUGUGGGUUGUGGCUUGUGUCUAAUCGGAUCAUUACUUAUUGUAUUGCAUGCACCGGCAGAUAAAGAAAUCUUUACAGUCGAUGAGAUUCUAGCUUUUGCUCUUCAACCUGGAUUUUUAAUCUAUUGUUUCUUGGUGGCGAUCUAUACUUUCAUCGCUAUAUAUAGAAUUGUUCCGAAAUAUGGGAAGAAAAGUCCUUUGCCGUACCUGUCAAUUUGUUCAUUAGUUGGAUCUAUAUCAGUAAUGGCAUGCAAAGGAUUUGGUAUAGCUCUAAAACUCUCCUUUGCGGGAAAAAACCAAUUUACACAUGCCUCCACAUAUGUGUUCAUAAUCAUAUCUACAGUCUGUAUAUUAAUACAAAUGAAUUAUUUCAACAAAGCUUUAGAUCAAUUUUCCACCAAUAUAGUAAAUCCUAUCUACUACGUAUUUUUUACAUCUUCAACCAUAUUUUCAUCUGUUCUCCUGUUCCAAGGGUUCAACACAACCCAA